AUGCCCUCCAUCUUCGCUUGGCUCCGGCGCAUUUAUUCGCUGGAUACCCUUGACACUCGUUUUACCUCCACCGCAAUCACUCCUAGGGCCGAUACACGACCGACCUCCAAUGCCCGCGCCAAUGCAAUCGCACAGGGCGCGUCGCCAUCCCUCUGGCGCACGCCGGAGUUCUUCGUCUAUUACUUGUUCUUUAUAACACUCGUUCCUUUAAUGUUCAAGACUGUCAUCGAUGCUUCGAAGGAGAGCCACCCUAUUUACUCCUCUUACUCUCACCUUCUAUCAUCUGGUUGGAUUCCUGGUCGUCAGGUUGACAAUUCGGAUGCACAAUAUGCAAGCUUUCGCGAUAACAUCCCUGCCCUUCUUCUACUCCUACUGCUCCAUCCUGUAGCUCGUCGAGUCUAUCAGAGUCUCAUCAACCGCUCGAAAGUUGGAACAAAACCAUCGAGCCAAUCCGUGGUCAGUGCCGCCGAUGCGCAACUCGAUCAGCGAAUGCGCUUCGACUUUUGGUUCGGACUGGUGUUCAUAACGGCACUACAUGGAGUAUCUGCGCUCAAGAUUCUGUUGAUUCUGUAUAUCAAUUUCCGAAUUGGCAAGGAUGUGCCCCGUCCCUACGUUCCUGCGGUCACUUGGAUCUUCAACCUCGGCAUCUUGUUUGCCAACGAACUAUCCGGCGGUUACCAAUUUGAACCAAUAACGAAGGCAAUUUCUUCUAGAUCUGAGUUGGAGAAUGACACCUCCGCACUCCAAUGGGUCGCCCAGACUUUGGAUGGUCUUGGGGGACUGAUGCCGCGAUGGGAGGUUAUGUUCAAAAUCACCGUGUUACGCCUAAUCAGCUUCAACAUGGAUAAUUACUGGAGUGUUGACUACCCUGCGGCAAGUCCAAUUGAAAAGAAGCAAUUGGACCCCGCGUCCCUCUCUGACCGUGAGCGAGUCAAGAUUCCCGCAGAACCAGCUGCAUUCACCUUCCGCAACUUCAUUGCCUAUGUGCUCUACUCGCCUUUGUAUCUGGCUGGUCCGAUCAUCACAUUCAACGACUACGUAUCGCAACAGCGAUACACACCCACAUCACUCUCCCGUUCCCGCACUACGAUGUACGCUAUCCGAUUUGGUCUUACCCUACUCUGCAUGGAGCUUAUCCUCCACUACAUCUACGCGGUAGCGAUUUCCAAGUCCAACCCAGACUGGUCCGUUUUCACCCCGGGCCAGCUAAGUAUGCUUGCCUUCUUCAACCUGCACAUCAUCUGGUUGAAACUGCUUAUUCCCUGGCGCUUCUUCCGUCUCUGGGCCCUCGUAGAUGGGAUUGACCCACCGGAGAAUAUGGUGCGGUGCAUGUCAAACAACUACUCCGCCUUCGCCUUCUGGCGCGGCUGGCAUCGCUCCUACAACCGCUGGAUCGUCCGCUACAUCUACAUCCCACUGGGCGGCGGUGGCGGUGGACGGCGGGCGCCCGGAGCACCCAGACCAGCUUCACCACCUCAGACCAAGGUUAUGGGCAAGUUCCUGCAGAUUCGCAACUUCCUGUUGGUCUUCACCUUCGUCGCCUUGUGGCACGAUAUCAAUCUCCGCUUGCUCAUGUGGGGCUGGCUUGUCACUCUCUUCGUUCUACCGGAGGUUCUGGGUGGUAUGCUUUUCCCUGCCCACCGCUGGCGUUCUCGUCCCACUACCUACCGCGUCCUCUGUGGCAUUGGCUCCGUCGGAAACGUGCUCAUGAUGAUGAUCGCAAACUUGGUCGGUUUUGCUCUGGGGCUGGAUGGGCUGAAGGAUCUGCUUGCCAGCUUAACGGGAUCCUACUCUGGGCUGGCAUAUUUGGUUUCCUGCUGCGUGGUGCUUUUCGUCGGCGUGCAGGUGAUGUUUGAAGUUCGCGAGGAUGAGCUCCGCGCCGGUAUCGACUUGAAAUGCUGA